AACUUAGGUCAGUAAUGGCGUAAAAAAAUCUGAAGAUUCUCUCUGUUUUUUCUCUCACAUUUCCCACGACUUAGCUUUUCUUGCUCCCACCUUUACACUUUUCCCCAGCUUUAACUCUUCCACUCUACUAAACUCCUAAUCCUAUCUCCAUUUCCUCCAUUUUUCCAUUGCUUCCUCUUACCCAUUUUGCUUUCUCGCAUUGCCAUUCUCAUUCACACUUUCAGUGUGGGUUGAACACUCAGGCAAAGAAGAUGGCCAAGAUUUUUGUUCAGGUGGUUGUGAUUCUGUGUUUGGGUUGGCUGUGGUGGGCGACAAUGGUGGACGCGGAGAACUUGAAAUACAAAGACCCUAAGCAACCGGUUGGUGUUCGAGUUAAGGACCUUCUUGGUCGAAUGACUCUGGAAGAGAAAAUUGGUCAGAUGGUGCAGAUUGACAGGAGCGUUGCGAAUGCUACAGUUAUGAAAGAUUAUUUCAUUGGAAGCGUCCUAAGUGGUGGUGGAAGUGUGCCGCUUCCAGAUGCCCGUGCUGAAGAUUGGGUUGACAUGAUAAAUGAUUUCCAGAAGGGUUCUCUUUCUAGUAGAUUGGGCAUCCCAAUGUUUUAUGGCAUUGAUGCUGUUCAUGGCCAUAACAAUGUUUACAAUGCUACAGUAUUUCCUCAUAAUGUUGGACUUGGAGCUACCAGAAACCCUGACCUAGCUCGAAGGAUUGGUGCUGCAACAGCACUUGAAGUUAGAGCAACGGGGAUUUCUUAUACCUUUGCUCCAUGCCUUGCGGUUUGUAGAGACCCAAGGUGGGGGCGGUGUUAUGAAAGCUACAGCGAGGAUCCAAAAAUUGUGAAAGAAAUGACCGAGAUUAUAAUUGGCCUUCAAGGAGAGCCUCCUGCUAAUUAUAGGAAGGGGACUCCAUAUGUUGGCGGAACUAAAAAGGUUAUCGCCUGUGCAAAGCACUUUGUUGGAGAUGGUGGGACAACUCAUGGCAUCAAUGAGAAUAAUACCGUUAUUAACAGGCAUGGACUGCUCAGCAUUCAUAUGCCCGCCUAUUUAGAUUCGAUCAUCAAGGGUGUUUCAUCAGUAAUGGCUUCCUAUUCUAGUUGGAAUGGAGUAAAGAUGCAUGCAAACCGUGAGCUUAUUACUGACUUCCUCAAGGGCGCCCUUAAAUUUAAGGGUUUUGUCAUCUCAGAUUGGGAGGGUCUGGACAGAAUUACUUCUACGCCACAUUCUAAUUACACAUACUCUGUCCAAGCUGCUAUUUUAGCUGGCAUUGACAUGGUAAUGAUUCCUUACAAGUAUGCAGAGUUUAUUGAUGAUCUUAAAUUUCUAGUGAAGAGUAAUGUCAUCCCAAUGGAUCGCAUUGAUGAUGCUGUUGGAAGAAUUUUAACAGUCAAGUUCACAAUGGGUCUUUUCGAAAGCCCCAUGGCUGAUUACAGCCUUGUCAAUGAGCUUGGGAGCCAGGCACACAGAGACUUGGCAAGAGAUGCUGUGAGGCAAUCACUCGUACUGCUGAAGAAUGGAAAAAAUGAUAGCAAGCCAUUGCUACCCCUUUCAAAGAAAUCCCCAAAGAUCCUUGUUGCUGGCACUCACGCUGAUAAUUUAGGAUAUCAAUGUGGUGGAUGGACAAUUGCAUGGCAAGGGUUCAGUGGCAACAAUGGAACAAGGGGAACUACCAUCCUAGCUGCCAUUAAAUCGACAGUCGAUCCAAGCACAGAGGUUGUAUUUCGUGAGGAUCCGGAUAGUGACUUUGUCAAGUCCAAUGACUUCUCAUAUGCCAUAGUUGUUAUUGGUGAAGCUCCGUAUGCCGAGACCGGAGGGGAUAGUACAACGCUUACAAUGUUGGAUCCUGGUCCAAACAUCAUUAAAAACGUUUGUGAUCAUGUAGAGUGUGUGGUGAUUCUCAUUUCUGGAAGGCCAAUUGUGAUCGAACCAUACAUUUCAUCAAUCGAUGCUUUGGUAGCAGCUUGGUUACCUGGCACUGAAGGCCAAGGAGUCACUGAUGCCCUCUAUGGAGAUCAUGGGUUCAGUGGAAAGCUUCCAAGAACAUGGUUUAAAUCUGUGGAUCAAUUGCCGAUGAACGUUGGAGAUCCACACUACGAUCCACUUUUUCCUUUCGGUUUUGGACUAACAACUGGAUCAGUUAAGGACAUCAUUGCAAGGUCAACAUCAGCGGGUAUUCGUGGAACACCAUCCUUGAUUGCAUCGAUCAUUGUCGCAAUCACCUUAUGUAUAUUGUAGGAACAGUCAACCGCAGGUAUUUUAAUUAGUUUGUUGAGGACUUAAAAAGUAAUUAUUUUAGGAAAUUUGAAGUUAUGAGGUUAGGUUACGGCAUCAGCAUUGGCAUUUAUUUAGUAACACAUGAUGAUUUCAUGGAUCAUAUUAGUAGUAAAAAACAUCUCAUUUAGUAGUGAUGAUUUUCACUUUGUCAUGUUGUCCUCUGAGCCGGAUAUUUGCAGUUUGGUUUAGACCGAUUCUAUUGGAUCGGUUUGGAAUAUACAUCCAAAACCAAACCAUGGUGUUGUAAUUUGUAAGGAUUCAUUCAAAGCCUCACAUAAUGUUUGGCUCCAAAACUAA